GUGUGCCGCUCGUGCCACACUGGAUAUCGCUGUCCAUGGAUGGAGCUAGUUUAGCUUAGCUCAUUUAAACUUUCAGACGUGGAUCAGUCUCUCGUUGUAGGGCUGUAUGUAUGAAGCAGGACACGGGCUGAACUGUCGCAGUCCAAAACUGGACACAUUCUCGGUUAAAGGACCGGUUGGCACCUAACUAAGAAGACUGAGGAAUCCUUUGGCAACAAACUAUUAGAGAAGAUGAAGUAUGUAUAACGAGGUAAAGCUGGGAUAUAGCCGCCUGCCUCCCGACGAAGCUCUCCUGUUCACCACGGUUUAUCCAUAAGUUGAAUUUUCAGCAGAGUAAUGGAUGCCGAGGGAGCCACUUGUUAUCCGGAAGCCGAGAGUUUUUGGCAUGUGUCGCAGAAAUCUGGAGAUCUGGAUCAUAGGGCAAGAGAUGGAGAGAGCUGGAGGAUGGUGCCUGUGCUUUUAUCGGGAGGUGCACCCUGGGGGUUCACACUCAGAGGAGGUCUGGAGCAUCGGGAACCUCUGCUCAUAACAAAGGUUGAGGAAAGCAGCAAGGCAGCAGCUGUGGGUCUCCAAGUGGGAGACGAGCUCAUCAACAUCAACGAGAUUCCCCUGAGUGGCUACAGACAGGAGGCAAUCUGCCUCGUGAAAGGCUCCCAUAAGACCCUAAGUCUGGUAGUGAAAAGGAAUUUGAAAAUGGUGGAUAUUGUAGCUCAGAAAAUGCCUUCAGAGAAUGACGUGCAUGUGGCAAGAAGCUUUCUUACGAAGAUUUUGCGAAGUUCCAUGAGAAAGAACGGCUUUGAAGGACGGAAUGAGCCCAUAAGCAGGCCUCACUCCUGGCACUCCACCAAGUUCAAUGAAAGCCAAUCAGAAACUGGCAGAAGACAGUCUCCGCCCACCGCAGUGUGGCACCCCAGAUAUGAUGCAAGCUCAUCUGCUACAGAUUUAUCCUCUGGCUGGGAGCAGACAAAUUUGCGCAGAGUCUCUGACCAGUUCAGCUCUCUUGGCAGCAUGGAUAGUCUAGAACAUGUCCCACACUCAUAUCCUGCUGGUCGGAUGUCACCUGCUAAGUCGAACAACAGUAUGGAGCACCUGGGAGGAGGAAAACGAGACUCCGCUUACAGCUCCCUCUCUACAACCUCGAGCACGCCAGACUAUUCACUCUCAAGAAGCAAUGCUGCCUCGUCAGAGAACGUGGCCUAUAAGGUCGGUCAGUGGGAUGCAGGACCAAAACACAGCAAUGGCAGAAACAGCCAGAACCUGGCUGCUGAUGGGGGCAGACAGGAUGAAAGAGUCACAUAUUUUCAGAUGCCAGGAGUUAACUUUGGCCACAGUGGUCUACAGGCUGAGGAUUCACCAGGGUCACGGCACUCCACUUCAAGCAGAACCAGCUUCGGACCUGUGUGGAAUGUCCCUGAGAAAAAGAAGAGUGUUUCUCCUCCCCCUCCGCUUCCACCUGCACGCAGUGAUAGCUUUGCUGCAACCAAGGCACAUGAGAAAGGGAUGGUUAAAACUCACUCUGAAGAAUCUGAUUCCUCUCUGGCCCGUAAGGGGUCUUUUGAAAUUCGCCGCAGCCACAACAUUUCUCCAAAGAACGACAGUGAAAAUAUUUAUUUUGCAUCUGAUAAAUGCAGUCACACCCAGUUCAGCUCUAACAAGCAGUAUUCUUUCUACAACAGUGAUGUUGGGCAACAACAAGUUCCCCAUGUUAGCCAGAUCUUCCACCCAAGACAACAUAAUGACAAAAGCACUUUCCAUCCUCAGAACUGGUCCAUAUCUGUACCAAAGCCACAAAAUCUUGGUGGGUACCACUGCAGCUCGCAGGAACCUUCUACUAAUAGUGCUAGUCAGCACUCGAGCCAGAACCACAGACGAAGCUUAAGCACCUCUCUGUCUUCUACAACUACUAACCAAACCACAGAGACCACCGGACCGAACCGAUAUUACUGUGUCACUACAUCCAAUAAGGCCAUCACCUCAUCUUGGUCAGAUAUACCAAAUGAACGGAGGGCCGGUACUGGUGUAGAUCCAUCACAAACUGGACCUGAGCAGACAGCCACCAAAGUCAAGUAUCAUCUGCCUCAACUACAUCAAAACUCCUCUCACAACAAAGACAGCAAUGCUUACAGCAAGCACCCAGUGACCACUGUUCCUGAAACAUCUGUUCUUAAACACUUCUCUGAUGAUGGGGAAAGCCAGAGAGGACACAGCGCACAAAUGGCAAAUCCUUUAUACACAUGUGACCCUCCUAAAAAGCAGUCUGAGCAGAGGAGGUCUCUGCCUGCUCAGCUCAAAGACUCUCAAAAAGACAUUAGGCUUCAAAGCCAGAUGAGCAACAAGAUCUGCCCUCAGACAACCCCAAUGCUUCACUCCCUAUCCAUGAAUGUUGAAGGUCAAGAGGAGAAACCCAGUGGCCCAAACUCUGAGGAGUCCCUCGAAAGCAAGCAGGUAAAGUGCAGUGAGCGGUUUGCCACUACGCUGAGAAAUGAAAUCCAGAUGAGAAGAGCAAAGCUGCAGAAAAGUAAGAGUGCAGCUGCUCUCCCUGGGGCUGAGUGUGAAGCAGAAGAUCAAGAUUCAUGGAAAUCCACUAAAAAUUCCACCCCAACCUCUGCAGAUGGGUCCUUCUCUAACUUCUACAAAGAUCAUUUAAAGGAAGCACAAGCAAAGGUGCUCAAGGCUACCUCUUUCAGGAGGAGAGAUCUGGAACCUGUCUUGCUGGAGCACUCUGCAGCUGAGGCUCAGCCCAACUACCAGUCCUCAGCACAGGCCCGCAAAGAUGGCAACCCUCUGGCAACAGUCAUAGAGUCGGGAACAAAUUAUUCCACUGGUCACGUUACUCGUAUUGGUUACCGUAAGCGUUUCCCUACAGAAAAGAAGAUCCGGUCUUAUUCUGAACCAGAUAAAAUCUAUGAAGUUGGAGUUAAUGAAGGUCCACCUCCUACUGAAAAUGCUAACUCUUCACUAGAGCAGCAACUCUUAAAUGAAACUAUGAAGCCAGGAUUCCCUGAUUACAUGCCCCCUAAAAGCCAUUUAAAGUACCAAGGCAAAGAUCCGGCUUCUAACUGUGGGACUGAGGACACAAAGGAGGGAAUCAAGAGCACUAAGGUUUCUUAUUCUACACCAUCCUCUCAAGAUAAGCAACGACUCGGUACAUUCGCAGAAUAUGAAGCAAGUUGGAAAAUACAGAGCAAACAUCCAGAGAAAAAAGCCUCUGGACGGUAUCGUUCAGCCGAUAACAUCCUAGAUCCAGCAUCAGAGGACAGAACCCAGAGGACGUGUUUCCAUGGGAGAUCCAGAUCAUCGCCCUCAGCAGACAUGUAUGAACAGAAGAUUCCAGUUCCUGGAGCAAAGCCUAACACAGAAUAUUCCCAGACGAAGAGUGACCCUGCUGAAACCCUCAUCGCAGACACAAGGUUCUCUGACAACAGUUCAGGUGACUGCAAAGUGGGAGAAAAGCCAGCAGAGAUUGAGAUUUACUCAGCACCACCCCCUCUACUCAUGACAGGAGCCAAUCCGGACUGCAGACAGAGAUCUACUUCUGCUGCCACCAGGAACCACAAGUCUAUGUCUCCUUCUUCCAGUCCCAUUCAGCCAGGGGAACUCAGCCACACAGAGCCCCCAUCUGGACCAGGGAAGAAGCCUUCCUCCUCUGAACAUCCAGAAAUCAACUCCCAGAUAUCCUUCACCAAUUCCCAGAGUGACGUCCUCACCCAGUGCUCUUCGAACUUUGAACCUAAUCCCACCUCCUCUGCAAAGACAGAUUCUGAGCAGGGCAAAGGACUGGUGGACAAAGGACAAGGGGCAGUACAUCAUCCAUCAACAUCCAAUCCUCAGGCUUCUUCCUCUCCCCUGUCUUCCUCCUACGGACCCUUAGGGCUUUUCAGCAUGGAGGGGCAGCGCUCUCCCUCUCCACAGUUUUCUCCACAGAGACUCAGCGACAAACCUCCAGUCUAUCUUCAUGAUGACGAAUCAAACAGGGUGGAGCAUUUGAUACAAAACCAGAAAACCGCAGCGAGAAAAGUUCCCAUUAGGAUUGUACACUCGGAAGGAAUAGAGGAGAAGGAAAACUCUCCAUUUCUCCAGCAAAGUCCCCUCCCUCACAGCGAAGCUGAGGACCAAAGUGUGGCCAGGUUCAGCACUCCGCCAGCUCUGGGACAGGACUCUGUUUUCUGUGCCUUUACUCGACAGAGGGAGCCUGAAAAUACUCCAGAUACUGAGAUGCAGCAAGCUGCUCAGAGAGAGCCGUACAUGACCACCGUGGAAGAUCAUUCAAGCUUCAACAGCGAGGAGCCCAGCAGCAGGCGAGAAACCACAGGACUGAGUGAAAAGGAGGAUCAGAAGAGAGAGGAGCUGGCGAGGGACAUCAUGGGGAAGGAUAAAUCACUUGCUGAUAUUCUGGAUCAGAGUAAGAUGAUGACCACAAUGGACUUGAUGGAGGGGAUCUUCCCUCAGGGGGAGCAGCUGUUAGACGGAGCCCACCAGCGCAGGAAGGUGCAGACGAAGCAGACUAACGUUCGGCCCAUCGAAGAGAGGGAAAAAGAGGAAAACAUGGCAGCGGCCCUCACCAUGGUGACCAGUUCAACAUACUACAGCACCUCUGCUCCCAAAGCUGAGCUGCUGAUCAAAAUGAAGGACAUGCAGGAUCAGGAUGAGGAGGAAGACUCCGAGGAUGAACUGGACAUUGGUUUGAACAACAAGAAGCAAGAGCUGAUCGACAGCCUCAGUAAGAAGCUCCAGGUGCUGCGAGAAGCUAAAGAGAGCCUUCUUGAGGACAUCCUGGACAACAACGCUCUGGGAGACGAGGUGGAAGCCCAGGUACAGCAGGUGUGCCGGCCAAAUGAGCUGGAAAAGUUCAGGAUGUUUGUCGGGGACUUGGACAAGGUGGUGAGCCUGCUGCUGUCCCUCUCAGGCCGCCUGGCCAGGGUGGAAAACGCCCUCAACAACCUGGAGGAGGAAGCUACACCUGAGGAGAGGCGUACGUUGAUUGAGAAGAGGAAGCUUUUGAUCCGACAACAUGAGGAUGCAAAGGAGCUGAAGGAAAACCUGGACCGUAGGGAACGUGUAGUUCAGGACAUCUUGGCUAACUACCUGCCAGAGCACAGCCUUACAGAUUAUGAACACUUUGUGAAGAUGAAGUCUGCGCUCAUCAUCGAGCAGCGUAAGCUCGAGGACAAAAUCAAACUUGGUGAGGAACAGCUUACAUGUCUGAUAGACAGCCUGUCCAUAGAGCAAAGACUGGCCUUGUAAAAAAUAAAUAAAAGAUGGUCAUAAAACACAUUAACUGACCAGCUGUAAAAGUUUAGUCAUGUGGCGUCAGGUUUCAGUUCAGUCCUGUCACCAGCAGAGGGAGACAGAGAUCAGAACCUGCAGAUGAAAAGCCUGUCUGGAACAAAGGAAUAUUGUUCUUUCCUGUUUGCUUCACCACUUCACGUUUUUGCUGUAUUGAUUUGGACCGGACCGUUUGGACCGAAUCCAUCUCUGAGCAACGCUUUCUUCAAAGAUAGUGCUCCUUGUUGCAUCCACCAACCACUAUAUCCAACAGUCUAAGCGCCAUUUUUACUUUGUCUUUGUUUUCCUAGUAAUUUAUUGUAGCCUUUUGAAUCUGCAAAAAGGAGGAGGACGGUGUUUUGUCAUCCGUUAAUCUGAGCAGCCAUGCUGCCUGAUGUGUGUUACAGUAUUUAUCAUGUUCUGUGUUUGUUUUAUCACAUGAUCUAUAAAAAUCCUAAUAUUUCAGGUUACAUUAUUGCAACGCCCUUACACAUAGACACUAGUAGCCUUUUCAACAGAGGUUUUGUGGCCUUGCCUUUCUCACUGAAGAAUUUUUUUCUUCACCCAACAGAAGAAGCAUAUCUGAUUCUGACUUGAAAUAAACUUCCUGUUUGCAGUGAUUGUAGAAACAUCACUUUCAACACCUUCACUCAGUGCUGUUCUUUUUAUUCACAUUACCAACCUGUUUGUUGAUUAUUACCACUUAUAUAUUGACCAAGUGUUUUAUAUAAUUUGUCUUAUGACUUCAGUGUGCUUUGUUACACACAAUGUAGAAACUGAAUGCACAUUUACAAUUGUUACUUGAAUAGUUCUAUAAAAGUUGUUUAGGUGCAGCUUCUUGCAGCCAAAUAUGAGACACAUUACUAAGCAAUUCGACUGUUCAAAUGUUAAAACUGUUCGGCUUUGUGGGUUAAAUCAAGCUGCCAGGUGUAAAGCCUGAUGGAAGACGUUUGUUUCGCAGGUACCGAGUCUGCUGCAGUUUCACACGCUUCAUGCGCUGCUGCAUCCUGACACUAAACACUUCAUCAGUUGUGCUCCCUCAUAUAAAAUAAAGAGUCUGCUGAAAUCA